AUGUUCACAGCUGUGUGUUUGGCGAAUGCAACAACACGGCACAUCGCGCAACCGAUUCCCGAACCCGGGAAGCCCAUUAACCCCACGCCCGCGGCGUGGUCGGACCGACGGCUGGCCUACUACAGCGCUAACCCGCUGUGCCUGCCCAACGGCGCCGGCACCAUGCUGCUCGUCCAGGAAGUUUUCACUUUUGAAGACCCGUUAUAA